UGUUGUUACAGGACACACUGCCAUUAAAAGACGUCCAUAAUCCACCUGACUGGAUGUGAAGGAUUCAAGCGACAGCAUUGUGGAGCUGCAUUCCCCCACAUCAAGUUGUGGACCGUCACACAAUCCCGUUCACUUCCCCAACAUCAGGGUCCUCCUUCGGUUGUCCUGGACCAUCCCAGUAACAUCGUGUGAAUGUGAGCGAAGUGCCAGUACCUUGAAGCGUCUGAACACUACAUGAGGGCCAGUAUGACGCAACAGCGACUGAUCUCGCUGGCACUUCUCCACAUUCACUACAAAAGGUUAUCAACCUGGAGAAGUGGUGGACAUAUUUUCCACGACACAUCCAAGAAAGAUGACACUGAAUUUGCGAUAGAGCAAAUCCAAUCCAAAAGGUGAAGAAGCUGUUAUGUGACGUCACACGUCUUUCCCACUCCUCCCGAGCGCGCGUUGCGCGCUUGCUGGAUCUUUUGGAGAGCACUCAGUGAGGGAGCCUACCUCAUGCUCAGAAUUAUCAUUAGAAUAAAACAUAUUUAUUAUUUCAUUAGUUUAACACCAGUUAAUGUCGUAAAUGCCAGUACAUAAAUAUGGAGCAUGAUAGGUGCGCGGAGCAGGUUCUGCUUCUGAAGACUGGCGCACGCAAUUAAGCUGGUGCCGGAACAAACAAGGUGGCUCGUUUGGUUGGAAAAACCUAGGUAGCGCAAAAAGAACAUAAAGAAAGAAGGACAAGGGUAAGGACAUAACCGCCGUGCCCGUGCUGCGCGCCAUGCGACAUGAGUAACAUCAGUGAUGGAGUUGGAGGGCUUCUGCCCAUCUGGAACUUCAAGGGAUCCUCACUCAACCAGUCCAGUGACCUGUUUGUCAAUGCCUCAUGCAAUGUGUCCACAAAUGAUUCAACGUCCUGCUCGGAAGUGGAGGACAGCGUGGGAGCCACAAGUCCAUACAAGGCAGUUGAGAUGUUUUUUAUAGCCCUGGUCACUGGAUCGCUGAGCCUUGUGACUGUAACAGGGAACAUUUUGGUCAUGCUGUCCAUCAAAGUCAAUCGCCACUUACAAACUGUCAAUAACUAUUUCUUGUUCUCAUUGGCCUGUGCUGACCUGAUCAUUGGCGUGUUCAGCAUGAAUUUGUACACUGUCUAUAUCAUUGUUGGAUACUGGCCCCUUGGGCCUGUGAUCUGUGACCUGUGGCUCGCUUUAGAUUAUGUGGUCUCCAACGCCUCAGUGAUGAACCUGUUGAUCAUUAGUUUUGAUCGCUACUUCUGUGUGACCAAGCCCCUCACAUACCCCACAAGAAGGACAACGAAGUUGGCGGGGUUGAUGAUUGCAGCAGCAUGGAUCUUAUCCUUCAUCCUUUGGGCACCUGCCAUCUUGUUUUGGCAGUUCAUAGUUGGGCAGCGAACAGUGCCACCUGGAGAGUGUUACAUUCAGUUCCUGUCGAAUCCUGCAGUGACGUUUGGCACAGCUAUUGCUGCAUUCUAUCUCCCAGUCAUUAUUAUGACAGUGCUGUACAUCCACAUCUCCCUGGCAUCCAGGAGCAGGGUCUCCAAACAUAAACUGGACAAGGAGAAAAAGGGCCCAAAAACUACAAGCAUAAUUAAGAGCCACAUGCUAAAGCAAAACAACAAUGAAACCAGUCCUCAGACCAGUCCCCACCUGACUCCCAAGCACAGCUUGGACUCGACAACCAUUGCGGACGAGGCCGUGAAGAAUGGUAGGGUGGAUGCAUCUAAACCAGAUAGACCACAGGGUUCGGCUCAGCCCAGUCCUGGCCUCCCAACACAGGAGGAAAAGGAGAGCUCUAAUGAUUCAUCUACAGCAUUUAUCCAACCAACAGAACCAAAAGCCAGCAAUGAAGUAAUACCCCAGAAUCCAAUCGAUUCUACCCGGGUUAGCACAAGUGUCUCAAAUCCUUCUGUGUCCAAGAUCAACUCAACCUCGAGGUGGUCCAAGAUAAAGAUUGUGACCAAGCAGGCUGGAGAUGAAUGCAUAACAGCUAUCGAGAUCGUCCCGCCUGUGGAGGGAGCUGAGAGGCAUUCCAUACCGAUCAGCCGUCCCAGGACAGUUGCAAGAAAAUUUGCAAGCAUCGCUCGGAGCCAAGUGAAGCGUAAAAGACAGAUGGCCGCCAGAGAAAAGAAAGUAUGUUAUUUCCAAGCAGUGACCAAGACGAUCUUUGCCAUCUUACUGGCUUUCAUCAUUACUUGGACUCCCUAUAACGUCAUGGUGCUGAUCUCCACCUUCUGCCAGUCGUGUGUUCCUGACACUGUGUGGGCCAUUGGCUACUGGCUGUGCUAUGUUAACUCCACCAUCAAUCCGGCUUGUUACGCCCUGUGCAACGCCACAUUCAAAAAGACUUUCAAGAACUUGUUGCUGUGCCAAUACAAGAACAUCGGCACAAGAUGAAAAGGGGAAGAGGGUGCUGAGGGGAGAAUGGAGACUGGAAAAGAAGGGAGGAGAGAGGGUAGGAAGAUGAUGAUGGAUGGAGGCAUUUCAAAGAAGGGAUCCUGAAGACAUUUGCAGGGUGCAAAUAGAUGAAAAGCGAAUCAGUGCUUUCAUCACAUUUGCUGUGUGUGUGUGUGUGUGUGUGUGUGUGUCUG